UAGUAAUACCUCAGAAUGAAGCAUGUAGUUGAUCUAUUAAAUGAUUAUUCCCUAAUGAGUAAUCAAUAGGGACGUUCCUUCUAUAUUGACUGCACAAUAAUAGGAAUGUAACUCAUUUCAAUUCGGACUAUAAAAAGACCUCUCACCUUGCUGCCGAAAAGCUUAUCGACAUCGCGGACAGCAAGCGGUGCAGUAUAGAACAUCCCUAGAAGAGUGUAACGUUACUGUAGCUAUUCGCUCAGGGGCAAACAGUAGACAGUGAGGCAAGAAGUUAUGCCGGAAAACAACGCAGAAGAUAUUCACCGCCCGGCUGACUAAUACACGAAGCCGAGAAAAAACUGGUUCACAUUCGCGAUUUGCGCGUCCGACGGUGCGGUUCUGUUUACUUCGGUUCGUGUCGAUAGUUUGAGCUUAACGGAACAGAUUGAAGUUCAAACAGUUUAACAUAGCUGGACAGGUAUUGUUAUUGAAAGCUACAGUGAAGUGUUGUGUAAAAGUGAAGAAAUUAUCUCAUUUGGAUCAGCUCUAAAGAGAGGGAAGCAGCACUUUUUCAUCUGCGGGGUGUACCAUUGUAUGGCACAUCGUCCCGUCAGUGCAAUGUCGCGUCAAGAAUCGGAAAUGAUCAACCGCAGCCGUCGGGCACUGUCGUCGGGAUCGACGAUGGACUCGAUCGAGAAGCUGCGUCACAUGUGUCUGGCCCGUGGUGCGUCCGGAAUACUGGGCCUGGGUCGCUGCUUCCGUCGUAUGGAUGACGACGGCAACAAAGUACUGUCGCUCAGCGAGUUUGUCAAGGGUUUACACGAUACUGGACUCGAAGUCUCCAACGAGGAAGCCUCGGAUAUUUUCAAUGAAUUUGAUGCCGAUGGUAGUGGUUCGCUUCACAUGAAUGAGUUCUUGGUUGCCAUCAGACCCUUUAUGUCGGACUCUCGGAAGAGCAUUGUUGACCAGGCGUUUGCUAAGUUGGACAAAACUGGUGAUGGCGCUAUCACUGUGGAAGAUUUAAAGAACGUCUACUCGGUCAAGAACCAUCCACUGUACAUUAGCGGCGAAGAAACGGAGGACAACAUCCUGCGCAAGUUCCUGGCCAACUUUGAAGAGAACGGUAACGUGGAUGGAACCGUCACUAAGGAGGAAUUUCUUAACUAUUACGCCGGGUUGAGUGCUUCGAUUGAUUCGGAUGGCUAUUUCGAUCUGAUAGUUCGCCAGGCCUACAACCUUUAAAUCAUCCUUCACGAUUCUUGGACCCAGUUGUUCUGGACAGUAUGCUAAGUCGUUAUAAAUGCAACAAUACUAUUUAUUAUCAAAGUACAUCUUUAAAUGACCAGAAAGCUACCAAAAAAAAAAAAAAUAAAAAAAUUAAAGAAAACACAAAAUAUGCGAUGAAACAUUCUCGGUCUCGGAACUGCCACUAUAUUCUGUCCAAUCCAUCUGUUUUGCGUUAUUAGUUCCAUCUGUUUUGCGUUAUUAGUUGUUAAAUUGUUCGUCAUAUAUUUGUAACUUCGAUUGGUGCAUUUCGACGAUUCAAUCAAAAAUGCAUCUUAUUAUUUCAUAGAAUACCAGGAACAUUUCCUUAUAAAUAAUAAGAUCUAUAUAAAAAAAAAUCAGUACAUCAAAUUGCUUGCUGGGCUAAAAUCUCGAACCUAUCUGGGCUUGGUACUGUUUUGGUCCUGAUUUCAACAGACCAAAAAUCACAUUUUCAACACAAGAGGUUGAAAGUUGGACAAGUUUGUAGCUCGAAAGAAGAAUCAACUGCAGCCGCGAUUGUACUGCGUAUGAAAGAUAGAUCUGUUCUCUAUACGUUUUCAAGCCAUUUAUAGUCCAAAACUUCAAGUGUAAAUAUCAAUAUGUGAUCAAAUUUUAAUUGCCCUACGGCAUGCGUCUGCAUUGUAUGUACAGCAUUAUUACGAUUAGUUGAAGUAAUGAACGUUUUCUUACAAUUAGAUUAACCAUUGUUAUUUUCAAUAACAUCCUGUAUGUGACUGUAGUGCAGCAGACCAGAGAUCGCGCUAUCAAUCUACGAUACACUGACACUAUUUGUCGGUCACAGAAACCUAUAGAAAUGGUUUCAGAAUGAUAUAUUUCACCGCCAUAUGUGGCAGGCAAGUUUCGUCAAAUUAUAUCAAAAGAUGAGUACAUAAUGUUAUGUUAAACGGCUAAAAAAAACCUAAAUUAAUCCACCUAGCGGUCAGACCCAGCCUUUCUCAUUCAAAAUUUAUUCAAAAAUGGCCGAUUUCCACCUAAUAUAAUAACAUCCGGAUCUAGAAUGAUACACAGGAUCUAAAAUCGACCACAGAUACCAUUUUGAAUUCUAAGAUGGCGACUUCCGGUAUUGGGUGUUAUUCGAUUAUUUUCGGCUGUUUCCCAGGAACAUGUGCUUCCAGAAGAGGAAGGGGGGUCGAACCAAUAUAGACAUAUUUGUUACCUCUUAAAACAUUCAACCAGAAUGGCGCUCAGAGGCCAGAAAUUAUUUUAAAUACCAUUUUGAAAUCCAAGAUGGCGACUUCCGGUUUGUGAAAAACAGCCUUAAAUAACCAAAUAUCAUUCAAUAUGAGUAUCUCUGGAACCAGAAUGAUGCAAUGAGCUAAAAAUUGACCUCAAGCACCUUUUUGAAUUGCUAAAUGGCAACUUCUAGGAAACAGUCGAAAAUGAUCGAAUAAUAAUCAAUAUGAAUAUUUCCGUAAUCGAGAUGAUGCAUAGAAACCAAACAUUGACCCUGGACACCAUUUCGAAUUUAAAGACGACCACUUUUAGUUUCUGGAAAACAACCAAAAUAACGUGUAUUUCCGGUGUCAGAUUGAUGCCAGAAAAUCUGCGGCAAAUAACCGAAUACCACCCAAUAUUUUUUUUUUAUAAGAAAUUGUUUAUUUGUGACUAGUAAAAACUUAUUGUAAGAUAAUAUUUACACUUCGCUAUCUUAUUCGAAAUUCAAUGAAGCUAAAUCAAUAACAUUAUUGCUUUGCAUAAUAAAUAAUGAGUAUUUAAUAAACA